AUGAAUGAUGACGACCAACAUCCAUAUGCAACAUCAUUGGUGCGUAUAAAGAAAUAUCGUAAACGUCCGACGAUCCCAUCACUCUUUUUGAAUUAUUCAUCAGAAAAUGUGGUGAAGCAAUUUGAAAAUUUGAACGAUGGAGAUGACGAUAAAAAUAUCGACAGCAAUUAUGAAGUCAAUGAUAUAAAUAAUCUUAUUGAUGAAAACGAACAUGAAGUCGAGAUUUUUUUUGAUUACGAUAACACGAAUAUCAAUGAUACUAAACUCACAGCAUUUGAAAAAACUGUCGCAUGGUUUGCUCAGCAACAAAAGUUUUUUAAUCGUAUUUUAAAGGGUAACUUCUCUUCCAAUUCCUCUACAUCCAAUUCAACCAACACAAACGUAAGCACGAAAAAUUCAUCGCAUCCAAAUCUGAAACCAGAUUCUUUGGACAUUGACUUAGGAAACUCAUCUGCUAAUGAUGAUCGAGUAUUAAUAGCGGUUUGUGAAUGCGGAAAUGCAAGUCUUUAUCAAACAUUAGCACGAAGACGGGACGAAAAUAAAAAAAGCGAGAACAGCGUUCAUAUUUUACUAUCACAGAAAAAACAAAAACAGCAGAAGAAAUCUAUCUUGGAGCCAGAAGUAGCGACGAGUGUUCAUAAAGUAGUGCCUCAAUUGGUUUUGUAUUGGGAAGUGGUAGGAUUGGUUGGUACUUGUAUUGCGAGGCGAUGUGCUGGUUGGAGAACAUAG